GACUCCACCGCCUCACCUGUGCCAGCCCGGGCCCCAUGCAUCGGUCUCCAGCGGGCCUGGGCCACUGGGUACAAAUAACUUACGCUGCACUACAUGCACUAGUACUUCAGCAAAAAUGGCCCGCACCAAGCAGACUGCCCGCAAGUCCACCGGCGGCAAGGCGCCCCGCAAGCAGCUGGCCACCAAGGCCGCUCGCAAGACCCCCGCCACCGGCGGUGUGAAGAAGCCCCAUCGCUACCGCCCCGGUACCGUGGCGCUGCGCGAGAUCCGCAAGUACCAGAAGUCGACUGAGCUGCUGAUCCGCAAGCUGCCGUUCCAGCGCCUGGUGCGUGAGAUCGCCCAGGACUUCAAGACCGACCUGCGCUUCCAGAGCCAGGCCGUGCUGGCGCUGCAGGAGGCUGCUGAGGCCUACCUGGUGGGCCUGUUCGAGGACACCAACCUGUGCGCCAUCCACGCCAAGCGUGUGACCAUCAUGCCCAAGGACAUCCAGCUGGCCCGCCGCAUCCGUGGCGAGCGCGCGUAAGCAUGCUGCCGCCUGGGCUGGUUUGUCCCCCCAAAAAACUCGGUGUUUCUCAACACCACCUUCCAACAGCAACGGUGUCAAUAUGUCUGCAUUACAUACUUCAUAUGAUUGUAGUGUGUGACAGCGCCAGCGUAAAUACCCACUAGUGCCAGUGCCACUAGCCCACUGCUGGCAGCUGCUGGUGUCGGUUCAGGUUCCGGUGCCAUUAGCCCACUACGUAACAGCGCAACGCCAUAACACACACAUGCACCUGACAUAAUACCGCCUUCGUCUUUAAAAAACAUUCUCGAUAAGCGCCAGUGCGAAGCCUGGGAUAUAUGUACGGUUGAUUACUGUAUCGUGAUUGGUGGCGCAGCGGUUAAGAGGGGUUGGCAUGAGUCCCAGGAGGGCGUAGGUGCACACAUGGACGUGGGCUCAGGACCGGACCUUCAGUCCUGCACUACCGCACAUGUGCAGUCGGAGGUACUGAGGUCAUGAGGUACUCCGCUGGUGCAAGCCUGGUGUAUGUGAUAAAGUGUUGUGGGAGGCAUAAGGAGGGAUGGGGAAAGAGGCACUACAAGUCCCCAAGAGGGUGCGAAAGCAUACUCGA